CUACUCCAUCCACUUCAUCCUCCUCAUCAUCAGCAUUCACUCUCUCACUCACACCCUCACUCACACGUUCAGCUCACUCUCCCUGUCUCUUCACCUCUCUCUGGCCCCGUCGCAGGCUUGGGCGACGAUCGCCCCCUCGCUCCUGCAUCCACUCCCGUCCACUCCUUCACCUGCGCCUGCCCUCGCACCUCCCUCACUUUCCGCCCUCCAGCACAUCCCCACCAACCACGCAUGGCAACACUUCUGGCCGUGCCCGGCGACCUCGUGCCGCGCGCACACACCGCCCUCAGUGCAACGGCCUUUGCCCUCGCUCUGUCCGCAGGAUAUAUCAGCGGUCUCUGGGAGGCGCUGUGUGAAAACUCAGUCGCCAAGUGGCCUGAAGAGUGGUUCCCUUCCGUGUCUGCGACGAUCGGAGAUCAUGCCGCGUCGCGAGCGCCCUUCCAGAUUGCUAUUGCGCUCACCGCUUUCCCUCGCUUCGCGCUGCUUGCAUUGCAGUGGGUAGCCCACCGCUAUCCCCCUCGCAGACGGGGUGCGUCGCACUCCCUCUCUCGCGUUUCCUCUCCAAGCGCGCCAGUCGCAUCAACCCCAGACGGCCUGCGCAGCAGGAAACACGAGCACGAGCACGAGCAAGAUCACGCCUCCCUUCACGACAAUGGUGCCACUCCCAAAGAUGUGGAGCCUGCAGCUCCCGCUGGCUGGGCCGACGUCGAAGCCAUGUGCGGCCUCGGACGCACGUUCUGCUGCGGUGGGUGGAUGUAUAUCACCUCGCGCGACCAGCACGACCUUCACGAUCUAUUCAUGAUCGUCUAUCUCGUACUCAAUGUGCCAUGGAUGGUGCUUUCAACGCUGCACUCUACGACGCAGAAGGCGCGUCAAUGGCGCACCAUCACAGCAGCUGGCUUCAUCCUUUCCAUCCCGCCCCUCAUUCACUUCUUCAUUAAGCAUUCGGUACGCCGCGUCCCUGGCGCGUACACCCAGUACGCAUUCUUCGAAUGGGGACUUGUUCUCUGGGACGUUGCCUUUGAUGCUGGCUGCUUGUUCGAGCUCGGCCACCUCCAGGUGCGCAUCGUUGACAUGACGCGCGGCGACGAGCCGAUCAAAGGUGCGAACGGGCACGGCCUCUACAUUGCCCCGGUCCCUGGGUCACGCGCGCGCGUCGAGGAGGACUGGACGGCCCAGCCUUCGCCUCCCAGCCGUCUCCCCAACCCUGCCCUCUUCGCUUAUCUAUCUGACGUGUGGUUCGCGACAGUCUUCUGGACGCUCUUUACCGGUGUGAGCGUCCAGCUGUUCUACUGGAGCGUAUGGAGUCUCUCCCUCACCGGCUCGGAACUGGCUGUGCUCAUCAAUCUUACCCCGCAUGUCAUGAGCAGGCGCAAUUACCGUGCCUACGCCAUGUCCCGCGAAGGCCAGUUCACCCACCGCGCCCUCAUGUGCGGCCUAGGCUUGGGCUGUUAUGCCUUGCCUUCGGUGGCGGCACGUUUCCUCUGCGUCGUUGGUGCGGUGUGGUGCGCCUGGUGCGCAUUCAUGGCCGACAACAUGCGGGUGCGGGGCUCUCCUGAGAUGACCGCGCAUGCCAAGAUUUUCCUCACCGGUCUCCUGGCUUGCAUGUUGGGCAAGUACUUGUGCCAUUCAAAUAAUCCCUUCUGGGCCAUCGUGAACGAGGACAGCGGCGGUUGGAACAAAACGGGUCUCCUCCUCUCCGCCCUCGCACUCACGGAAUACUACUACCGCCCCAACAAUCUCUUCCCGGCUCCCCCCGUUUCCGUAACGCUGAAGGACAAGCCUGCCGAGGUGCAGACCACGCGGGCCCAGCGCGUGGCGAUCAUCCUUGGCCUCGGCGCUCUCAUUCACCUGCUGCAAACAUUUGUCUGCGACCCAGGUACGAUCAUCGCUUGGUCCUGGACUGGGUACCCCGCCACCGGUCCUCUGCUUCACCCUUGGGGCGGUGUGACGCUCGCCGUCGCGGCGGCCGGCGCCAUGGUCAACUUUGAUGCUUUGAGUCCAGCCACAUGGCUUAUCCCGUUCCCCGCCGCCGUCGCUCUCUUCCGCCAGGACUGGGUCGGCUAUGCCGGCGGCCUCGUGCUUGUCUUUUACCUCGUGGCGACAGUUCCCGCCCUCUUCCGUGCAGCCUCCGCCCUUCCACCAUCCACCUGGGGAUACGCGGGCGCGUGGCUCGCGUUCCUUGACGUCGCGUCGGUCUUCACGGUUGCGUACGCCUUCGUGCCCUUCGGCUGGCUUCUGCGAGAGAGAAGCGAUCUUAUCAUGACAAUCCUUCUGGUCCCCCUUCCUUUCGCUCUGCGCGCCGCCCGCGCUCUGCAGCCCUCUCUCCCUGGCCGCACUGCGCUCCAGGCACGUUCGGCGACACGCGUGCGCAAUGUUGGCCGGUGGAGCGUGAUUGCAGCCGCGAUCAUUGCCAUCGCUGGCGUCCUCACUGGGUUUGAGCGCGCAGCCGUCUCGGCCUCAGACAAAAACCCACCGACGCCUUACUUCCCCGAUCACAACAUAUUCACUGGCGGCAUCUACACCGUUCACUUCGGAAUUGACGAGCCGGGGCGUGACAGCCAGCGCCGCAUUGCCUCCCUCGUAGAGGAGAUGCAGGUCGACGUGCUCGGCAUGCUUGAGACCGACCUCCACCGCUUUGUGUAUGGCAACCGCGACCUUACGCGCUACAUCGCUGAGGAGUUGGGGUACUACGUCGACAUUGGCCCCGGGCCCAACAAACACACAUGGGGCGCGGCGCUGCUGUCCAAGUUCCCGAUCUUGAAUAGCACGCACCACCUCCUCCCCUCGCCGCACGGAGAGCUGGCGCCUGCGAUCCACGCGACGCUGGAUGUGCACGGGCAACGUGUCGACGUCAUCGUCUCCCACAAUGGCCAGGAGGAAGAUCCGCUCGACCGUGAGCUCCAGACGCGCGCUCUGGCCGAUAUGCUGCAUUUGACGGGCGACACGCCCACCGUCUUCCUCGGCUACCUCGUGACGCGUCUCGGCGCGGAUCCGCCCAACCCCUACGGCCUGCUCUUCAACGAGUACUCGGGUCUAAUCGAUGUGGAAACACUCGACCGCUGGCGGUGGUGCGAAUACAUCGGCUUCCGCGGGCUGUGGCGUAUCGCCUUCGCCCGCCUCGAACACGGCACAGUCACCGACACCGAGCUGCAGGUCGCAAAGUUCAUCCUCCCUUUGCCCGGCCAGAAGGCAAAGUACGCCAAGGAGGGGCAGCUGUACUGGCACAUCGGCGAGAGCGACAUUCCGGAACCGUGGCGCCUGCCAACGCAAUUCAGGGGCAAGGGCGUGCGCGGUCACUCGUAUCGCAUUUGGGACGGGCCUCUGUAUUAUCUCCCGCCUUUGCACUCGGGCGUGCGCGCGUACGGCUUGGACGGGCGCACCGAUUGGCCGCCCGCCGAAGCCGAGGAGGACAUGCGAAUUGCGCGCGAGCAGGGCACCACUGUCGAGUAGUGGGCUGGAGACGCUGGAGUGGUAUCUUCCGUAGAGUUUGCAGAUGUAGUGUCGAAUCCACGAG